AUGGAUUAUUCUGAGAUUUACGAUCCCACGACUCCCUUCCAGGAUGCCAUGUCCCUGGACGGCCCUCCAGACGAUAUGGGCCUCGUCCAAUCUGGCUACGUUGGGUCGCGCAUACGGGACCUCAAUAUCAAGACGAGCCAAAGCAACCUCAAAGCCCAGACUUCGCCGUACGUUACAGAUACGCGUGAAGACGCAGCGGUUUGCAGCCCAGCCUGCCAGCGCGCGCGGCUCGAAGUGACUGCUUCGCCUCCGGUCGGACAUUCGUAUCCUGGCUUGAGGGUGUAUGACGAUCAUAUCGAUGACAAUGGGGUUGCCUGGGAAGUUGCGGCGACGAGUUCUCACAGGUUCAAUGUGAAGCCGAGCUUGAGAGCCUCGAAAUCGAGCAACUCUGUGAGCUUGCAAAGCCCGACUCGGGGCCAAAACAGGUUCCGAAAUUCGCACAUGUCCAACGAGUCUGUUGUCAACCGCGCUGGUGAAGCAAGAUCAAAUUUCAAGUCUCCCAUGCGCUCUCAGGCCAACCUCCGAGCAUCGUUGCCUCCUUUUCAGACGGUGCACGAGAUCCUCGACAGCUCCAAAAAAGAACAGCAAGACGCGUUGGACAUGUUCGAUAUGUAUGGAGUCUCACGACCAGAAGGCCUCUCCAGCGAAAAGGAGCGACAGGAGGCGGUAGGGAAGACCGUCCAAGUAUGUCAUUCCUGUGGAGGACAUCUACAUACACGGGCCCGGUGUGCGAGAUGCGGCCAUGAGUUUUGCGUCAAGUGCAGAACGGAGCUGGUGAGCGGCCUUUCUACAAACCUUGGAGCUGGCCGUGGGCGUGGAAAAGACGAGGGGAUGUCGAAACAGGAGGCGUGCCGCCAUGGGGUCACUCACAGCCAGAGUGUAACCAACCUAUCACAGCCAGUGCAUAAUCGAGACAGGACAUUACAUCGUCUCUCCCAUUCAAAGAGCAGUGAUGCUGUCUCAACCUACCUCGGUCGGAGCCAAUGUAGCCACGCUGAGGCAGAACGACACGCAUAUCAACAACUUCGACAUGAACGCCGGCAGCGUCUGGACAAAUCCCACAGCGAAACAGUCAGCGCUGAACAGCAGUACGCUUGCCCAGCUUGUCAUGUCAGUACUGAUCCGGCGAGACACAGUAUCUGCUGCAUUGCUCGACAGUCCCAGUCAGGCCAGGAGCCGGUUGGCCAGAGCACUGGAGGCGAAUAUGUGACAUACAAAAGCAGUUCGAAUGAUUCUUUCAGGUCGGCUCAAAGGAAACUUGGAGUUGAUGAACAGGCCGUCAUGGCUGCUUCGCUCUCUUCUGGAUAUACCACUGCGGAACCGUUCUCGACACAGAAGCCAGACCGUCACGUUCUGUCAGAGGAGACAGCCAGUAAGUACCGGCUUUGCUAUUCGCCAUCCUCUCGCUCACACACUCACGGGACCCGGCAUGACAAGGACAGACAAUUUCCAACUCAACGGAGAAUGCAUGGUCCUGGCAACGAAACUACCGCACACGCACAGCAGGCAAUGGAACAAGACGCCUUCUGGAUCAGUUCGGAGGGCCCUGGGACGCCUCGGCAAAACAACGUGCCUCAGUCAGGCGGAGGUGGCCACCAGAACACUCCAAGAUUGACCCUGGAGGGAGUUGAACUUGACAGUGAGUUGAGCCGAUCGUCGACAUCAGUACCGGGCAAGGCUGUUUGGACGACUCCAGCAACCUCACCUCGAAUAUUGCCGUCUAGGGAUGCUGACGAUACGCCAGGACCUCCCCGCGAUACGAAGUAUGAUAAACAGACGAGGAGCACUGGGAAACAGCAGCCGCAGGUGCCAUUACGGGGGGAUAGGGGCUCACCCGCAAGAAGAGCAAACAAUUUGACUCCAGAAACAGCAAACAGAAGCGGCAGAGGGACUCUUGGAUCCCGAGACUCGGUGAAGGUCGCGAGCGUAGGCAAAAGCCCUCAGCAAACGAUCGAGUCAUCGGAUCCCUCAACAUGGAGACGACAAUUGAGGAAACUCAACGACACACCGGCAUCCGGGGCUGGCUCCCCGCGGAAGGAAGAUUUAGUAUCAUCUCCCGACUUUGAUAGGCGUUUGCGUCAAUCUCCAGCACAAUCAUCAAAGAAGCAUCAAGCAGAGGCUGCUGUUGAAGAGUCAAAGAUGGCUUCCGAUAAGUCUAGUGGCGAUUCCGAGAUGCCCAUAAGCCAUCACAUUUGCGAGUGGCGCACCCGGUACUUGGGGCUCAGUUCUGCCUUUGACAAGCUCAAACUCGAACUGGGUGAGACUUUGGACCAGCAAGAGAGCCAGCGCAUUGCAGAUGAAGAAUCAGAGCGGCAGAGAUACAGGGAUGGUGGCAUCGAGGGCUUGACCAUAAUCGUGCACAGAAGAUUCAGGGAGGACUUGGUUCUCAACACGGACUUGAAGGAAGAUUGA